GCGCAGACGCGAGGCAAGGCGGGCACGCGAGCCUACAUGCCGCCCGAGGCGCUCAGUGGCGGCUGGUACACGCUGACCUUUGACUGGUACUCGCUCGGCGUGACUCUGUACCAGCUGCUUCACGACGCACUUCCCAGCGAGGACGGCCUCGCGGAGGCGGCGAGCGAGGAGGAGGAGGAGAGGCCUCGCCGCGCGUCGCUGUCGGGCAUGCGGUCUAGCGCUCCCUGGGCCACCGCUUCGCCCGCCGGCCGGGCUUUUGUCACAUCCCUCCGGCACUCCGACGCCGACGCGCGGCUCGGCGCGGGCGGCGCGUCCGAGGUGCGUGCCCACCCCUUUCUAGCCGGGGUGGACUGGUCGGCGAUGCAGGCGGGAGCUGUGCCCGCUCCCUUUCUGCCGGCGAGAUCGACCGCCAACUUUGAGCUGCACGCAGACGACGUGCUCAACACACUCGACGGCGGCCUCACUCCUGGGGCCCGCAAGUGCCAGCCGCCCGCUGCCGACGAUGCAGAUUUUGCAGAGUGUGUGCCGUGGGCAAGGCCGGCGUCGGCCGCGUGAGACCGUGUAAGUGUUG